CCGGCCUGGAUGCAAACGUGGCCUGGCGAGUCGCUAUGGUGGUGCCGGCCGUCAUGUUCAUCAUUUGUGCCAUUUGCAUGAAGCUCUUGUGCUGGGACAUGCCAAUUGGGAAGCAUUAUGAUCCGGCGAUCACGGGCAAGACCCAGAAACCAUCUAUGUGGGAUUAUGUUGAGGUGCUCAAAGACGUGAGGGUGAUUGUCAUGAUCUUCCAGUACAGUGCUUGCUUUGGAACGGAGCUCGCCAUGAACAAUCAAUUGGCCACUCACUUCAGGACUUACUUCCAGAUGGCAGCAGGAGAUGCAGCGGCCCUGGCUGGAUCGUUCGGACUCAUGAAUCUCUUUGCCCGAUCCCUUGGAGGAAUCAGCAGCGACCUGAUGUUCAAGUUCUUUGCCUUCCGCGGACGCAUUUGGGCCCAGUUCCUGGCGCUGUUCUUUGAAGCCAUCUUCUUAUUCGCAUUCGGCAACGUUGACAACUCCCAGCCUUGGUAUGUGGCUUUGGCCGUGCUGGUGUGCUUCUCCCUGUUCGUGCAGAUGGCCGAGGGGACUUCGUAUGGCAUUGUGCCGUUCAUGAAUCGUAAGCAGCUCGCAGUCGUCUCUGCACUGGUGGGAGCUGGCGGCAAUCUGGGCGCUGUGAUUGCUGGCUUCUGCUUCUACAAGCCCAUUACCGAUGCUUUGCUGCCGUUUCAGGUGCACGCUGGCUACGUGAUGUUUUGGGCUUUGCUGAGCCCCUGCUACUACUGGUCCGAGUACGGAGGGAUGUUUGUGGGGCCUGCAGAUGGUGCAAAGGGCAAGGAGGGCAAGGGUCAAAUCAGCGACUCGGAGAUGUCCACGGAAGCCCCAAGCGAGGUGCAGAGGUGCUAA